AUGAGCGCUUCAAAUCUCCCUUAUAUGAAGACUAACCCCAAGAUCAUCUUCUUCACGGACUUUGAUGGGACCAUUACGCUCCAGGACAGCAAUGACUUCUUGACUGACAACCUCGGUUAUGGACAAGCAAAACGCCGUCAAGGGAACCUUGACGUCUUGGAGAACAAAGUUAGCUUCCGGAAUGCCUUCCGCGAAAUGCUAGACAGCGUCAAGGUUCCCUUCAAUGAAUGCAUCGAGCAAUUGAAAAAGAACAUGCAGCUCGACCCAUACUUUAUCGAAUUCUACCAUUGGUCCAAGCAAAACAAUGUGCCAAUUGUAGUAUUGUCAUCUGGCAUGACCCCGGUUAUUAGCGCCCUGUUCGAAACUCUGCUAGGACAUAAGCCCGAUGACCACCUUGUUAUUGUCGCCAACGAUGUGGAAAGCCGCGAUGGCAAGGAUAUUAACACCGAGGGCGGCUGGCAGAUUAAGUAUCACGAUGAUAGCCAUUUCGGCCACGACAAAUCCCUGGAGAUUAAACCCUAUGCCGCUCUGCCGGACAACGUACGCCCGACCCUAUUAUAUGCGGGAGACGGCGUCUCGGACUUGUCUGCUGCUUCGGAGACCGAUCUUUUGUUUGCUAAGAAAGGAAGGGAUCUGGUGACCUACUGCGAGCGUCAAGGAACACCUUUCACGAUCUUUGAGAACUGGUCCUCAAUCCUCGCCACAACAAAGGACAUCCUGAGCGGCAAGGUCACAAUCAAGAAGGUGGCCCAGGAAGGACUCGAAACCGUUCGCGCGGGUGUACAACUCGCAGUAUUUGCUGUUUGUAUACUGGUUUUCGUCGUAACUCUAGAUAACCGGUUUCGCGUCCUACCUAACGCUAUUCAUGGCCACCUCCCUUCGCACUAUUCAGGACUCGUCGUUACGGAUGUGACCAUAAAAUCGUGCUCGCAUAUCAAUCCCUUCUCCAAAUGCAAUCCCAUUUCGAAGUCAUGGACACAAGUCGACAAGGAUCUUUAUUUGCGCACAGGUUGGACGUCCACCGCCUUUGUCCAAUUUGAGCGGAAAAAGGAGGAGGACCUACUUCCUACGGACAAAGUUGUGAUUGAUUUAAAGAUUAGUCGGCUUGUUCCGGAGACCGCCGAAGAUACUAAGGAUGGGGAGAAAGAUGAAGCCACGUGGGAGCCGAGACCAGGUGGCAUUUGGCUGAGACGAACAGCCAAGCGCCACGCGAGUGAUUCGCAGACUGCGAUCACCUUAGUCGAUGUCCUUUUCGGUGCCGAUGCGGUGGACCCGCGGAUUGGCUGGGAGAUCAGAGAUACGCCGCUGCUGCUGGAUAGUCGGACGGAGGAAUUGGAAGCCCGUAUCAGUAUUCAGAGGGGAGAUCCUCAGAAGAUGAAAAAGCCAGUUCCCAGGAUCAAUGAACAUGGUCGCUUUAAGAUUAUGCAGCUGGCUGAUUUGCAUUUGAGUACCGGUCUUGGAUCAUGCCGUGACCCUAUCCCAGUGGAACCUGUUCCUGGCCAGAAGUGUGAGGCCGACCCGCGGACACUUGAGUUUGUGGAGAGGCUCCUUGAUGAAGAGAAGCCCGAUAUGGUGGUCCUCACUGGCGACCAGGUAAAUGGCGAAACCUCUAAGGAUGCACAAAGUGCGCUUUUCAAGUCUGUCAAGCUGCUUGUGGAUCGCAAGAUCCCCUAUGCAGCUAUUUUUGGCAACCAUGACGACGAAGGCAACCUCAACCGGUCGGAGCUUAUGGCCAUGUUAGAGCAACUGCCGUAUUCAUUGUCGUCGGCUGGCCCCGAGGAUAUCGACGGUGUUGGUAACUACAUCGUCGAGGUUCUUGGUCGUGGUACUAGCGCACACUCGGCUCUGACUCUUUAUCUUCUUGAUUCGCAUUCAUAUUCGCCAGAUGAACGACAAUUCCGAGGUUAUGACUGGAUCAAACCCAGCCAGAUCCGCUGGUUCAAGAACACUGCCCAAGGCCUUAAGAGGAAACACCAUGAAUAUGCAUACAUGCACAUGAACAUGGCAUUCAUUCAUAUUCCGUUGCCCGAAUACCGUGACCCAAAUAAUCUGUUCAUUGGCAAUUGGGACGAGCCCCCGACCGCUCCAGGAUUCAAUUCAGGAUUCAAGGAUGCACUCGAAGAGGAGGGUAUCCUUUUUGUUAGCUGUGGACAUGACCACGUCAAUGACUAUUGCAUGCUUAACAACAAUAAAGACGAGAAGCCGUCGCUCUGGAUGUGUUAUGGAGGAGGUGUUGGAUUCGGAGGCUAUGGAGGCUAUAAAGAUUAUGUCCGGCGUGUGAGGUUCUUUGACUUUGACAUGAAUGCCGGGCGGGUUAUGACAUAUAAGCGACUUGAGUAUGGUGAAACAGAGGCUAAGAUCGAUGAACAGAUGAUAGUUGACGGUGGUGCCGUGAGAGGGCUGUAA